AUGUCGACUGACAAGAUUACCUUUCUCAUGAACUGGCACGCCACGCCUUACCAUGCGCCUGUCUAUCUUGCACAGAAGAUGGGUUUCUUCGCCGACGAGGGUAUCAAGGUCGCUCUUCUCGAACCGAAUGACCCGAGUGAUGUCACCGAAAUCAUCGGGUCUGGCAAAGUUGACAUGGGCUUCAAGGCUAUGAUCCACACACUCGCUGCCAAAGCCCGCGGCUUUCCUGUCACUUCUAUUGGCUCACUCCUCGAUGAGCCCUUCACCGGCGUCGUAUAUUUGAAGGACAGUGGAAUUACAACUGAUUUCCGAAGCUUGCAGGGCAAGAAGAUUGGCUAUGUUGGAGAGUUCGGCAAGAUUCAGAUUGAUGAGCUCACCAAGCACUACGGCAUGAAACCCACCGAUUACGAGGCUAUCCGUUGCGGCAUGAAUGUUUCACAGGCUAUCAUCGAGGGAAGCAUUCACGCGGGCAUUGGCUUGGAGAAUGUUCAGAUGGUGGAGUUGGAGGAAUGGCUGGCAAGCUCUGGCCGCCCUCGCUCUGACGUCCAAAUGUUGAGAAUCGACGAACUUGCGGAGCUUGGAUGCUGCUGUUUCUGCUCGAUCCUCUAUAUUGUCAACGACAACUUCAUGGUCGAGAACCCCGAGAAGCUACAAAAGUUUAUGCGGGCCGUGAAGCGUGCCACAGAUUAUGUUCUUGCAUCUCCAACCGAGGCGUACAAGACGUACAUCGACAUGAAGCCUGAGAUGGCAUCGUCCGUCAACACUAAGAUCUUUGAGCGAUCCUAUGCCUACUUUUCCAAGGACUUGAAGAAUGUUCAACGCGAUUGGGAGAAGGUGACUCGUUACGGCAAACGCCUCGAGGUCCUUAACGAGGACUUCAAGCCGAACUACACCAAUGAGUUCCUAGGAUGGACGCUCGAAGGUGACUCGGCUGAUCCUACUGGGGAUCAAAAGAGAAUGGUAGUCCUGCAGAAAGAUGUUGCUGAGAAAGGAGGCUUUCAGAGAUUGGACGUGAAGAUUGCCACUUGA